GGGAGGAAAUCUCGUCAAACUAAGAGUCUCUGCUUUUGAAGGAAAACUAGAGAGUGCGCUAGGAAGGACUGGCAUUGUUGAACUCGUGUGGACCUGAAUUGAACAAAGGGUGAGGAUUUCACUCUGUUUCUCCUGGACAAAGAAGUGGUCUUCAGAGGCAGGGCAGGUGUUUAGCAAUGGGAGCUGUUCUGUCCCGGUGGAAGGCAAAGCCUUCCACGGUGGAGGUCCUUGAAAGCCUGGACAAGGAUAUUAAGGACCUGGAGGAGUUCAGGGCGAAGAACCAGCGCCUGCAGAAGCUGUGGGUGGGGCGCCUGCUCUUCUAUUCGUCGAUGCUCUACCUGUUUGUCUGCUUCUGCGUCUACUUCUGCUACAUGCCCGACGAGUGGAGCUCUCGUGUCGUCAUGGCGCUGCCGCUGCUUGCCUUCCCCAUGCUAGUGUGGUUUGUGAGGAAACUCCUGAUCUUCUUGUUUUCCAAGCGAACAGAGAGAAACAAUGACAAACUAGAAGACUUGAAAGUAGAGAAGAAAAAGAUAUUGGAAGAGGUCAUGGAGAACGAGACUUACAAAAAUGCCAAACUGAUUUUGGAGAGAUUUGAUCCGGACUCUAAGAAGAAAAUGGAGGCAGAAUCCACUCCCUCAGGAGCUCAUAUGACGCCUAGGCCAGAUCUUCGUCGGCGUAUUGUUCCCAUGGGGACACCAGUGCCAGGGCAACAGCCAGGCCUACACCCGGGUGCCACGCCUGCGGGGCCACCCAUGAUGCCACCCAUGAUGCCCCGCUCCGCCCCAGGUGGGCCCCCAGAGAUGGGCGCGAGUGCUGCCACCCCCCCGCAGACCCCCGUGAGGAGGAGCCCCACCCCCUACAGUCCACACAUGGGGCCAGUUGGCCAACACCCCCCGGGUCCUCAGUUGGUACGUCCCGUCCUGCCCAGGGAGAGGGGGCCGGUGGACCGGGUCAUUGAGUACCUGGUGGGAGACGGACCUCAGAACAGAUAUGCUCUCAUCUGCCAGCAGUGUUUCUCCCAUAACGGCAUGGCUCUCAAGGAGGAGUAUGAGUUUAUCGCAUACAGGUGUGCCUAUUGUUACUUCCUGAACCCAGCACGCAAGACCCGCCCCCAGGCACCCCGACUCCCAGAGUUCAGCUUCGAGAGACGGCUGCGCUCGGCCUCUCCUGCCCCAGAAUCCUCGGAGGCGCGCGACAGCGACGCGGGCGCAGAGGACAGCGACGCGGGCACAGAGAGGAUAGGUGGUACAGGAGGUGUUGCGUUGGGCAGCUCCUCUUCCCCGUCUUCAGCUGCUGCUCCAUGGAGUAAAGUACACAGUUUCAGCAGAGCCCCAAACACAGGAGAGCCAGAGGUCGAAAUGUCCUCCGAUCAGCACGAUACGGAUGAGGCGCCGUCCACUCAGGAAGUGAUGGAGGAAGAGGAAGAGGAGGAGUCAGACGUGCCACUCUCACGGCGUAGCCCCUCCCCCAUGCCACAGGAAGAGAGUGAAGUGGGUGGGACAAGCAGCAGGAGACAGGAAGAGGAGGAGCCAAAGUGAUGUCAGUUGAUUGGGUUUUUAAAAAUCAUGGCAGUCAUUUUCUCCGAUGGACGUGUGUGCUCUGGUAGAUUAUUUUACAGAUAAGAUUUGUUUAUGUGGUAAAAGACGACAGGGUUUUACUCCUUUUGGUUUCCUCAUGUUUACAUAAUUAUUUGAAGUUUCCUUUCACUUGCACUGCAUAGGCCUGGAACUAGCAUAGAAUUGGCCUAGUUUAAGUUAAGUCAAUAGGGCUUAACAGUACUUUGGAUGAUCAAAAAAAGCCAAGUUUGCACUGUUUGUUUGUUUUUCAAUCAAUGAGUAUUUGCCAAUGUUUUAAUGGUUUGCCAUCAUAUUUAUUUAUUAGGAAAGUGUUUAAAAAAUUGUUCAAGAUUCUGAAAUUUCUCUGUCUCUAUUUAAAAUGCUAAUUUUCGUGCCUUUUUUCUGAGCAAGAAACAUGUUCGGUCAGUUAUUGAGACAGUGAGAGAGAUAUUAAACAUUCAUUACAGAGUUAGAAAACUCGACCACUCAUGUCUUAGUGCAGCAUAACUCGACAUACAUCUUUUAAAACUUUCAGCGCCAUAUGUGUGGUGAUUGACAGUCUGUGUUUAUGAUAUGUGUCACUCCUAUGACUGUGCUAUCUGGUUUAAAAGAACUGAUUUUAGAUUUUAUGUGCAGGAUGGUGUCACUGCCUGUUUUUACAGUGCUUCUGUCCAGUGUUAUUUUAGAAAAUAUGCACUAUAAUGAUCUGAUAAAUUAUUAAUUUGGCUUUGUAUAUGCUGUUGUAUGCGGUCAUACUCGUUGUUUGCAACGUUUCGCAUUCUGGAUGCCACGUGUUGACAUGCCUGUGUUUGCUGAGUGUUUAUGCAUGGCAUGGCACGGUAGAUGGCCAAAUAAAACUUUCUAACUUCA